GUUUUAUUUAUUAAUUUAAAGUCCAAAAUAUUAAUAAAAAAAAAAGCUUUUAGAAUGUGUUUUUGUCAAAAGCAGUCAGCAUAUGAUGACAGUUUAAUGUUUAUCAAUGUUUAUAAACGAAAGGAGGUUAACUUAACAUGCUUAUCAAAUGUUAUCAAAUAUCAAUGCUUAAUUGCUUAUCAUGAAAAUGCAGCCUGCCAAAAAUUUCGAUACUAUCGAAAAAAAUAUUUGCAGCCAUAUUCAUUAUUCAACAUUUAAUGUUUAUAUGUUUAUCAAUGUUUAUGAUGACAUAACUUAUUAUUUAUCUUUAAGAAUUUUACAUAUCUCACGUUAAUUUUAUCAUAAAAUAUAAUUAUUAAAUUCAAAUCAUGAGUUUAAUAAACAAUUAUCAAAUUGAUAAAAUAAAUAAUAAUGAUUCUGUUGAAACAAAAACAGAUUUAAUAAAUUUACUUGAUGAUGAUUGUUUAUCAAUAAUAUUAUCGUAUCUUCAACCAUUUGAGCUUGUUGAAACAAAAAAAGUUAGUCAACGUUGGAAUCAUCUGACAGAAUUAGCUUGGAUUUUCAUCAAAAAAUUUGAAUGCACUACUCCAGUUUUUGGCUAUAAAAAUAAUUGGCAAUUGGUAAAUUUUAAUAAAUUAAAAGAUGUCAUUUUAAAUGGCGGUCGUUAUUUAACACAUUUAACAUUAAAAAAUUUAUGUGGAUCUGAAAUUGUACCAUUGAUACGUGAUCAUUGUCACAAUCUUGUUAGACUUGAAUUAGUUUUAAAUAAAAUGGAUGACAUUGAUUUUGAUAAUGCAUUUACUAAAAUGAAUCAAUUAAAUUACAUAUCAAUCAACAUUCAUCCAAAGUAUCAUUUGAUUAAUGACGAAUUGUAUGGAGCAAUUGUAUCAACUCUUCAUUCAUCUAUCAGCGAAAUUCAUUUACCAUCAAUAUGUGAUUCUGAUCCAUAUAGCUAUGCAAGUUUUGAAUCUAUUUACUUUUUUUACUGGAUGGAAAAAUUUGAUAAUCUUCAAGCAUUGACAUUGCAUUAUCAAAUAAUGGGUGACACUGAUAUAUCAACAAUAUUAAAUUAUAAAACAUUAUCACAUUUGUCAUUGAGCUAUGGAGUAAUUGAAAAUUAUUUAUUGAUAAAAUUAACUAAUUUAAUUCAUUUAGAAUAUUUAGAUUUAUCAUAUGUGUAUGAUGUUGAUGAUCGUGUAGUUUUGAAUAUUGCUAACAAUUGUUGUAAAUUAAAAUAUUUGAAUUUGAAAAAGUGCUCAUUAGUUACUGGAAAUUCUAUAAACAAAUUAGCACAACUCGUAGAUUUGGAACAUUUAAUUGUUGAAGAGUUAAAUCUCAAUGAAAAUUGUAUUUAUAAUAUUGCAAAUAAUUGCAAAAAUUUAAAGAGUUUAAAUAUAUCUGAAAGUAAAAAUGUGCAAAAAUCAGAUAUAAUGAAAAUUGGUGAAUUAAAAUUUUUAGAACAUUUGGAGCUUUGUAAUUUAAAAAGUGUUGAUGAUGAUGGAUUGAUAAAUAUUAUUCAUAAAUGUUGUAACUUAAAAUACUUGGAUAUAAAAAGAUGCUCUAAUUUAACUAAGAAUGCUCUUGUUGAGAUUAAAAAAUUAAAAAAUUUAGAAACACUUAUAGUAACUGGUGUUCAUGAUAUCGAUGAUGAAUUUAUUUCUCAUUUAUACAAUUUAAAAUAUUUAAAUUGCAGUGAAAGUAAAGUAACUGAUAUUGGCAUCAAAAAUGUUAUUAAAAAUUGUCCAAGUAUGGAAAAAUUAUCUGUUAUUGAUACUAAAAUCACUGUUGACAGUCCAUCUUUUGCUGCUCAAGAAACAAAUAAACGUUCAACUAAUAUUAUUUUAACAGUUGAAGCUGAUGAUGUCAUUAAUAACAGAUAUGAAAAAAUUUCUCAAACUGGUUCAAAUGUUUUGUUUAAAAUUCAAAGACCACAUUAUGAAAAUUUAAAUUUUUAAGUGCUACAUUUAUAAUUCACUAAUUGAUUUUUAUAAUUUUCAUAUCAACAAAGAAAUAAUAGUUAUUAUAUUUAUUAUAAAAAAUAAGUUAAAUAAACAACAAGUUAAUAAUAGAAAAAUAAAAAAAUGUAUUUUGUAUUGAUAUUUGAAAAAAAAUAAAUAACAAAAUUAUGUUUAA